AUGUCUUUUAAUGAGCAGCAGUGUAAACAGCCGUGCCUGCCUCCUCCUUGUCUUCAAAAAACUCAAGAGAAGUGUCCAGUACAAGUUCCAGAUCCAUGUGCACCACCAUGCCAAGAAAUAUGCACAGUGCAAGCCCAGGAACCAUGCCUCCCUAAAAGCCAGGAGCCAUGCCAAGACAUAUGUCCACAGCAGUGCCAAGAGUCAAGUCUCUCCCAGUGCCAAGACCCAUGUGCACCACCGUGCCAAGACCAAGUCCUGGAGCCACAGUGCCAGGAGCCCUCUCAAACCAAGUGUAUGGAAUCAGUCCCUCAAAAAUGCCAAGAGAAAUGUCCACUUCCCAGCCUGGUUAAAUAGCCAUAGAUCUCAAAUUCCACAGCUGUAGCAACAUCUGGAGGCGAAAGAAAUGACCCACAGAUAAAAAGCCAAGUCACAAUCCAAACUAUGGUGAAGUUCUCCUGUUUAUGACUCUGUUCCUAUUGAUUUUUCUCAUGUCUUUGCCUUGGCAAGUGUUUCUGCUCAUCGCCCACAUCAUGGUCUCUCUCUGGAAAGGUGAUUCUCACUGUAUCUCAGCAGUCUCUGUAAAUAAGCAUGAUAUCUCCCAACCAGUGGGGCAAACGGUGUGCAGCAGAUCAGUGCUCUCAUAAAACCAUAGAAAAUCAGAACUGAAAGGGACCUUCAAAGCCAUUUAGUCCCACCCUUUCAUUAUAUGGAGAAAAAAACUGAAGCACAUAAAAGGAAAGGUAGUCAGUAAGAAAUCCAGACUGUGAACCCUGUCCUCCUGGUUCCCAAUCCAGCACUCUCUACUACACCAUCCUUCUCAAACCUGGGUUUGCAGACUUUUAAGGGGUCUCCACCCCCGUGGUGAGAUAGAAUGGAAUUGGAUCCACUUUAGAAAAGUGAACUUUCUGAAGGUAAGGACUGUUUCAGUCUUGUCUUUGCAUCCUCAGCACCUUGCAGGGUGUCUCACAUCUACUAGUUGCCUGAUGAGUGUUUGAUAAAUUAUUGCAUUCUUAAGUGAUUCUCAGAUACAUGUUAAUUUGGAAACAUCACACACCAGAUAAUACUAUAGGAGAAGGAAAUGUAAUGAAAUUCUUUGAUAAUUUAGAAUAUGUUUAUAUUACAUACCAGGCACUUCUAGACAAAGACAAAGACAAAAACAGCUCCUCCCUUCAAAGCUGGAUUCUGCCACAGGGGAGAAGAUGUGUCACCAAAUCCAGCCGAGUCUGACAAAGUGCCACAGCUCCCCAGAGGUGGAAAAAAAUCUCUGUUCUACUUCCUAUAACUAUCCCCAGACCCUUAGGCAUCAACACUCUGGUGCUAUGGAAGCCAGGAAAAUAGCAAUGAUGUGCCAAUUGAUGCUACAGAGUAAAGAUGGAAGGAUGAGAUGAGAUCUUCUGAAUUCCCUGUUUAUUGUUGUUCCCUGUUAUUAGCUCACUCCGGGCCACUAAUGUAGACUAUUUCUAAACCCUUCAGAGAUGUGUGAUUUGUAUUCUAUGUGAUUCCAUGUUGGGUCUACUUAAUUGCCCAGAUCUCUGGUUUUUUCCCCUGAUUGUGAAGGUAAAACAUUAAAGCCUCCAACUCC